AUGUUUGAUACUUCGAAGGCCCUUAAAAUUAGAAGAAGCAAAGUGAUCCGAUUGCCAAAAAGCACAGCUCUCUCGGAUUGGAUCCAGGUGGCCCAGGAUAAGGCAGGUCUUGGAAGCCAACCAGUGAUUUCGUUACCAGGGGUUCCUCCGAAUGUAUUGGGCGAAACAUCGAAUAGUGUGAAGGACAGUAGCAAAGGGCUUCCGAACGCACCUCGUGCAAUAGACGGUAGCCCUAGCUUUAAACGGUAUUUCAAGGAGCAUUGUCAGCAUGUUCGACCUAAAAUUACCGCGUUAUCUGAAACUCGAAUAAGCAACCACAUUGCGGAUAAAGUGGUGAGUAGACUGGGGUUCUCAAAUUAUACUCGAGCCAAGGGUUUUAGUGGUGGUAUUGAGCUCUUAUGGAAUGACCAGGUGAAUUUAGUUAGUAUCUCUAACCAUUUUAUUCAUUGCCGGUACAAUUUAGAGGAUGAUAGUAGGUGGUAUUUCCUUACAGCGGUGUAUGCGAGUCCCGAAGUCAUUAUGAGAAAGCACCUUUGGGGGCGUCUCUCUGAGCUUAAUCCUAAGUCCGAUUCUCCUUUGAUCCUUGGCGGGGAUUUCAAUUCUAUUGUGAGAUCAGAAGAACGAAAAGGCGGUAUGGGUCUUGGCUCCGGCAUCGAUAAGCUUUUUUGUGAGUUCAUUUUCGAUAUGGGCCUUUUAGAAGCUGAUUAUAGGGGUCUGGAUUUCACUUGGAGACUUGGUAGUCUCUAUAAACAGCUUGAUAGAUGUCUCAUGAACACGUGUUGGGCUAAUAUAUUUUCAGCUUCUUUUGUGCUUCAUUUGGACAAAAUUGGAUUUGAUCAUUGCCCUAAGAUUCAAGAGUGGAAUUCAAAUAUGUUCGGACAUAUUGAGAAGAGGAAGAAUAAGUUGUUGACGAGAAUUAAGGGUAUUGAUCGAGCGCUCAUUUUUUCCUACUCCGAUAGUUUGGUGGAUCUUCAGGAAAGGUUAAAGGAGGAGCUAGACAUUACUCUUCAGCAAGAAGAGAGUCUCUGGUUUCGAAAAGCUAGAACAAAAUGGGUGUUGUAUGGGGAUAAAAAUAACAAAUAUUUCCAUACUAGCAAUAAUGCAAAGACGGAGAAUGAAUCGGGUGACUGCGGAUAA